AUGUCGGACGGACGAAACGCUAAUCGCAACGCGACAGGAGUGACGUCAUGGAUCGGCGGUAUGUCCAUAACGCAGGACGGCAACCUAAUCGCCCCGGACAAAAUUAUAAGUCACGUCCACCGAUAUGCGAGCCCGCACUACAAACCGCACGGGCACCAUUACCACCGUUGGAACCAUGAGCCCGGGGGGAGCGAAGACCCGCUAUACGCGACCAAGACAGUCUACGGGCCGGGAUAUAUCGAUGAAAACCAGCGGAUUGGAAAGGAAAACGGUAAAGCAGGUGACGAUAAGGCAGCUUUGCAGUCCACGUGUCACACAGCACUGGACACUUGCAUUAAGGACAGCGAGUGUGUAGCAUCUCUAACUCCUGUGCUGCAGAGGUGCCAUUCCACUGAUUGCGAUCGGGAAGGAUGUAUGGGGGCUUUGAGGAACUUCUAUCGGAAGCCUGGCGUUCAUUGGAGUACGGAGAUCGCCUUUUGCCUGUGCAAGAAAACUGACAACAAAGAAGACUCCUGCAUGAAUGCCCAAGAGCGUCUCCAUCCGUCUUGUGCCCAACGCCCACCUGUGGGAUCCCCACUGCCAGCUUGCCACACGCUGGCCCACAAUUGCCGAGAGGACGCUGAAUGCAGGAUUCGCCUAGAGAACUACGAACAAUGGUGUGCUGUGGACGCCGUAACCCAGGGUUGUGCCGGGUCACCUGCUGCUUGCCGUGCUGCUGUAGUGGCAGUGCUGGGAACGCAAUUACGAGCUGCUUGUGCUUGCCGUGGAACUGACUUUGCUCAGCUGUACGACUGUCUUGGAUGGCAAAGACUGCUUUGGCUCAAUCCUUGUGUUGUCGAAUCUCAAAGUGACUACCACGUGAAGACCUACGGACCACUCCUAACGACAACUCCGUUUGACAACGGCAUCCGAUACAUCACAGUUGCACCUGAACCAGCGAUUCACCACCGCACCACCACCCACCACCACCGCCAUACUACUCAACAUGGAACAUCGGAACACGUGCCUAAGCCAGAAGUGUUACAGAAAUCCCGCGAAGAACCAAGCCCGAUUACAACCAUGUCGGAACAAACAGUCGUACCAAACGAAAUCUCCCAAAUAUCCGAGCCCGCGAUUGUGACCACCACGGAUUCUACCACGACGUCAACUACAACGACCACCACGACAACGACGACUACCACUACCACUACAACAACACCCAAACCCACCACCUUGGAGCCGGUCAAGUAUUGCGUGGUCAAGAAACCGGAGAGCGAUGAUAAGGAACAGAUAAUCAGGAUGGGUGAGACUAGACGGCUUUACCGUUCAGCAGAGUUAGCUGAAUGCACGGAUCUUUGCGUGUGCGAGGCGUCCCUCCAGGUGUCGUGCAAGGUAGCAUGCGUGCCCCGCGCCCCUUGUUCAUCCCGAUUGGCUCACUAUUCUCAUGCAGCGCCUGCUUACCAAGCCUAUCGUGGACGGUGCUAUUGUUAUUCUGGAUCGUUUAUCUGUAUGCGGCCUAAUCCUGGUGAAUAUAGGCUUCCGGAAGGCGUUUAUUUACUGCUAGGCUUUAGUUCCGUGGACGAGUCUCUUUUGCGCCCUCAUACAGGGUUGGGUGCUGAAGACGCCGUCAGGCUGUUACAACAGUAUAUGCACCACGUCACCAGGGAAGGGACAAAUUGCACCCUCACAUUAUUUAACAUCAGCAACGAAAAUGUCAUCAUAUCGGCCAGCAUUCCGCAGAAGGAACAAGAAACUCUCAAGGAGGCUGGUGAACCUCUUCUAGAUAAAGAGAAGGAGGCCUGCAUCGAUGUACUCAAGAUCAUCAAGUCGCGCAUCAACAACCAACACGAAGACAUAUCGUCCCACUUGCUGCUCUCCAUCUUCAAAAUAGCCGAAGUGGACGUCGUCUACCCCACUCCCCCCGCCUCGUCCUCACCUCACAUUUCCCCCCACAAACUUUUAUACACCUUCAUCAUAUUUAUGACCCUCCUGCACAAUAUUAAUUUCUAUGUACUUUUCAUAAAUGUCGUCAAUUGUUUGUCGAAUUUACACAAAUCUAGAUGUAGUCGGGUGCGAGCACGUCCGCUCGCUCCCCCAAAGAAUUAUAUAAAAGAUUUUUUAUCUAUUUUGAAAUGUUACGAAGAAUUUAUUGAAACUAGUGAUGUAGAAAUGAGAAUCUCGCACGACGCACUCGCUUUAGGUAAAGCACAAGAUAUCACAAAUAUAUUUGUAAGAGAUAUAGAUGUAUAUAGCGUUAAGGAAACGAAACAUAUCGUGAAAGCUGUGAAAACAAUAUAUACUCAUAAUGAUCUCGUUGCUGACGCAAUGGAACCUAAAUAUUUUUCUAGAAAUAUGUAUUAUAUCGGUGUCGUUUCGGAGAUGCUUCUCGGUGAGUUCUUUUUUGAAAAAAUCGCGUCCUUCUCUUAUGGGAUUGUGCAAUCCGUUAGUUUAGGGCUAACUCUAGCAGUAGUAUGA